UGCCAGAGACGACAGGGAAGUCACACAACGUGAUCAUUUGUCACAGCUGUGUAACGGUAGGCCAAACGUUGUGACUCACGAAAUAGCAGUGACAACCUUGAACCUACGCUAUAAAACAACGCCAGAUAGGUCAAAACAAGCACUGCAGCUGCCAAGGUCCGCCCGUUCGCAGUUUCUGAGCGCAAAACGACCCCGAACUUUGAUAGACUCGUGUUUUUUUUAUAACUGACAAGUUAAUUUGGUAAUCUCGGCACUUGAUAAGGGGGGCUUAUCAAAGGGCUUACUUCAACUCUACCACCAAGCUUUCAUUCCUGCAACACUGCUUCAUAAUAGAUAAUGUCUUCCACUGCCGAAGGCUCUGUCAAAACCGCAGUCCCACGUCCAGAGCUUCCGCGCUACUCCUGGCGGGACCAAAGCCCUACUUCCCGUCUUCAAUACAUCACAGAUCACCAGUCCGCAGAUUUCGCCUUAUCUCAGUUGGCCCCAGGUCCUCUUGGUUUUGACCUAGAAUGGCGCCCCAACUACUGGAAGGGUGCGAGCGAGAACCCCGUAGCGCUCGUUCAGCUCUCUACCCAUGACACAAUAUUGCUCCUACACAUAAGCGCCAUGUCAGAAUUCCCCUCGAAAUUGAGGGAAAUGCUGUGGGAUCCAUUACGAAUCAAGACUGGUGUUAGCAUUCAACGUGAUUGUCAAAAGUUGUAUCGGGAUUAUGGCGUUUCAACACGCAACUGCGUAGAGCUAGCUCUUCUAGCCCGUUCGGUGGAUAACGCUCGAUGGAAGGGCAAGUACACUAACCCUCUUGGAUUAUCUCGCCUUCUCGAGACCUACGAGGGUUUCUCUUUGGCCAAGGGAAAGGUGCAACGCAGCAAUUGGGAGCACCGUCUGUCGUCUACCCAGCAGGACUACGCAGCCAACGACGCCCGUGCUGGGUAUGUUAUCUAUACUCGGUUGAUCGACUUGGCCCGGGAUAUGCCCGAUACUGUUCUUCCAAAUUACUACUCCUUCAGUGUCGUGAAUGGCUUCUUGCUAGAUCACCUCGGUAUUUCUCAGUGGAUUCCCCACAACCCUUAUUACGAUCCCGGUCCACCGCCUCCGCCCAGGGAACCCAAAGAACAGGAAGAGCAGAAAGAGAGAAAGAGAACACCCAGAGGACAGACGUCGAGUGCCGUCAGCCAUGCCCCAGUCUCGUCCAGAUCCUUACAAGACGGACUCAGUAUGAGAAUUGACGGACAGGGUCCUCCGCCUGUCCCUGUUACCAAUGCCCUGAACCCACAAACAGGGCAUUUCCAUCGAAAACCUCGUAAUCGCACCAAACGGCCUCAAAGUCAUGGUUAUGACCCUGCACAAUAAUCUGUUACUAUGCGCAUGCAGUAGCAUGGACACCAGCCAGGAGCACAACACGAUUCACACCAAAACGCCAGGAAAGGAACUACCCCUCCCAUCAUGGUUAUCGGAAUACAAUUUGUGCGAACGGCGCAAAAUAGCACAGGCUGGCACUCAGUGUGGUUAGUGGGUGUGAGCUGCUUGAAUGAGCGGUUCUUUUGGUCCCACAUGUGACGAUGGCGAUCCCUCGUAAAGUAUCUGGUUUCGGAUCUGCUUAACCUUAUCAUUACCUUCCUUGAAAGGUCAUGUGCCGUUUGUCACACAACAUUUAUCUACGUGGUGUAUAAUACAUUGUCAUUCUGAACAAAUUCCUGGGACUUGCUGUCUUGCCCUUUGGCACGCUAAACCAUAUAUACAGUA